AUGGAAGAAUAUAUUCCACUUGAUGAGAAUUCAGGACCAUUGAAUGAUGAAUCAUUACCGCCGAUUAGAGAACAAUUGGAUUUAAAUAAUGACCUAGAAAAGGAUCGACAACAACAACAACAGCCACCGCUUUCCGAAAACCGACAAGCAUCAAACAAAAGUAUUGAUUCAUUAGCAGACGCUGAAACGGAUCUUGGUGCUAUUGAAUCAUUGCAAUCAGUGUUAAACAGCGUUGUCAAGGUCUUUUGCACUUCAACACCAUGCAAUUUUAGCUUACCUUGGCAAGUGAAAAGUCAAGUUGUUGCAACUGCAUCAGGGUUUAUAAUAAAAAAUCGAUGGAUUCUGUCAAAUGCUCAUGCCGUUGCUAAUCAAUCGAGCAUUCGUAUUCGAAAACAUGGCGAUGCUAAAAAAUAUUCUGCACGCAUAGUGCACAUUGCACAUGAAUGCGAUCUAGUUAUUAUGACUGUUGAUGAUGAUAAAUUUUGGAAUAAUUUGGAGCCAUUGACAUUCAGCAAUGAUAUGCCUAGUUUACAGGAAGCAUUAACAAUUGUUGGCUAUCCAAUAGGUGGUGAUAAUAUAUCAGUGACAAAAGGUGUUAUUUCAAGAGUUGUUAUGGCAACUUACUCGCAUUCACGUGAGGAUUUGUUAACAAUACAAAUCGAUGCCGCAAUAAAUGGUGGUAACAGUGGUGGACCAGCUGUUCAAGGUAAACUUGUCAUUGGCAUGUCAUUUCAAGGUUACAAUCAAGCCCAAUUGAUUGGUUACAUUAUACCUGUAUCAGUGAUCAAGCAUCUACUAGAUGAUAUCGAAUUGCACAAUAAAUAUACAGGGUUUCCUAGAAUGGCCUUCCGAUAUCAAUCAAUGGAAAAUUCGUCAUAUCGCGAAUACUUAAAAUUGAAUAAUGACCAACAUGGUAUCUUAGUAACGUCGGUUGAACCGGCAUGUGUUCUUAGCAAGUUAUUGCAGGAGGAUGAUGUUAUCAUGGAGAUUGAUGGUGUGCCGAUUGCUGAUGAUGGCACAGUUCAUUUUCGUCGUGGUGAAAGGCUUAGCUUCAGAUAUUUAGAAAAACUUAAAUUUGUUGAUGAUACAGUUACAUUUACAAUUGUAAGGCAAGGAAAACAAUUAACAUUAACAAGUCGAUUGGAUAAUAAUCAAGAACUUGUUCCGUCACAUUCACACGAUAAAUGUCCAGAAUAUUUAAUUUAUGCUGGAAUUGUAUUUACAGUAUUAACACGAUUUUAUUUGUAUGAAUGGGGUAAACGUGACUGGUAUGAAAAAGCUCCAAAACAUUUAGUUGACUUAGCAUAUGAAGCUAAGCUACAAGAACCUGGCCAACAAAUUGUUAUUGUUAAUCGAAUACUUGUUGACGAUGUUAAUCAUGGAGUGGAUUCAGAAUUAAAGAAUUCUGUAUUAAAAACUGUCAAUGGCAUUAAAAUUAAUAAUAUUAAACAUCUAGCAGAGUUAAUUGACAAAAUAUCAAAGAAUGACGAAAAUGGUUUUAUUCGAUUUGAAAUGGACAACAAAAAUGUUAUAGUAAUGUCAUGUAAACAAGUCGAGAAAUCGGAAGCAAGAAUAUUAAAACAAAACUCAAUAGUUCAACCAAGAAGCGAAAAUUUAUGUUAA